GAGCGCACAUCAUUGCCCUUGCUCAGUUUUGCUUCUCUAAUAACUCCGCCCUUUCGGAGAAACACAGGGCUGGGCAGGGUUGAGCGCGAGCGCAUAUCAUUGCGCUUGCGCAGCAGGCCCAGAUGGCACUGCUGAAUGGACUCGCCUCCAGGGCUGUGCAGUCAGUGCGACUGCGCGUGGGCCGGGUGCCGCGCUACUUAAGUGCGCUGCACCUAGUGUCGGAGGAGGUAAGCAUGCAGAGCGCGGAUCCCGAGCAGCCCGCUAAGCGGCCUCGCUGCGAAGGCAGCCCAAGAACGCCACAGCGCACCCCUCCUGCAGCGGCGAACGCGUCUCCGGGCUGCGACCUCCACACCGACCUCCGGACCUGGGAAGUGGAGGACGUGUGCUCCUUCUUAGAGACAUGUGGCUUCCUAGAGAAGAAAGUGCUGGACAGCUUCAAAGAAAAUAAAAUCACUGGUUCAUUUCUGCCCUUUCUCAAUGAGUCUCGUCUCGAAAAUCUUGGAGUAAGUUCCUUGGAGGAGAGGAAGAAGAUGAUUGCAUGUAUCCAAGAACUGAGUCAAUCUCACAUAGAGCUAAUGAAGGUAUUUAAUGAUCCCAUUCAUGGCCAUAUUGAGUUCCACCCUCUCCUUAUCCGGAUCAUUGACACACCUCAGUUUCAGCGACUUCGGUACAUUAAACAGCUGGGAGGCGGCUACUAUGUUUUCCCAGGAGCGUCUCACAAUCGCUUUGAACACAGUCUGGGGGUUGGGUACCUAGCAGGCUGCCUUGUUCGAGCACUCGCUGAAAAACAGCCAGAGCUGCAGAUCAGUGAGCGAGACAUGCUCUGCGUUCAGAUUGCCGGGCUCUGCCAUGACCUUGGUCAUGGGCCAUUUUCUCAUAUGUUUGAUUCAAGAUUUAUCCCACGUGCUCGCCCAGAUAAAAAUUGGAGGCAUGAACAGGGCUCAGUUGAGAUGUUUCAGCAUCUGGUUGAUUCUAAUGACCUUAAACCUAUCAUGAAAAACUAUGGUCUCAUCCCUGAAGAAGAUAUUGACUUUAUCAAGGAACAAAUUAUGGGACCACCUGACACUCCAGUCAAAGACUGUUCGUGGCCGUAUAAAGGACGUCCUGCCAAGAAGAGCUUCCUUUAUGAGAUAGUAGCUAACAAGAGAAAUGGCAUCGAUGUGGACAAAUGGGAUUAUUUUGCCAGGGACUGUCACCAUCUUGGCAUCCAAAAUAAUUUUGAUUACAAGCGCUUUGUUAAGUUUGCCCGUAUCUGUGAAGUGGAAGACAAGGCUGGCUGUAAGAUGAAGCACAUUUGUACUAGAGAAAAGGAGGUUGGAAAUCUGUAUGACAUGUUCCACACACGUAACUGCUUACACCGCAGGGCUUAUCAACACAAAAUCAGCAACCUCAUCGAUAUAAUGAUCACAGAAGCUUUCCUCAAAGCAGACCCCUACAUGGAGUUUACAGGGGCCGGCGGGGGAAAGUUCCGUAUUUCUACAGCCAUUGAUGACAUGGAAGCCUUCACUAAGCUGACAGAUAACAUUUUUCUGGAGAUUUUAUAUUCUACUGAUCCAAAGUUGUCUGAGGCACGAAAUAUUUUAAGGAACAUCGAAAACCGUAAUCUAUACAAGUAUUUGGGUGAGACCCAGCCAAACGGUCAAGACAAGAUUAAAAAGGAAGACUAUAAACAGCUUCCCCAAGACAUUGCUGACGCCAAACCUAACGUGCCGCUGGAAGCCCAGCUGAAGGCCGAAGAUUUCGAAGUGGAUGUUAUCAACAUGGAUUAUGGGAUGGAAGACAAGAACCCAGUUGAUCACGUUCACUUCUAUUGCAAAAGUAACACAAAGCACGCAGUCUUGAUCUCUAAGGACCAGGUGUCACAACUUCUGCCACAGAAAUUUGCAGAGCAACUGAUUCGAGUGUACUGUAAGAAGAAAGACAAGAAGAGCCUGUAUGCCGCUAGGCAACAUUUCACUCAAUGGUGUGCGGACAGAGACUUCACCAAGCCACAGCACUCGGCAGCUUCAGUUAAGCCAACAACCCAGUGACAGAGAAUAUUUAUGUGGAAGAUGUUUGGGACUCUGUCUCCCGCCUUCAAAAGCCCCAGCUCUUCAGCAGCUUCUGGCCUCUGAAGUUCCAGUCACCUGUGCCUGUCACUGAUCUCUUUCCACUUGGGGGACCCGAGCACUGAAGUCAGUCUCCCCAUUCUUUACCAGCUUCCUAGUGAACUUCGUGGGUCCACCCGCCCGUCUCCUCAGCCCAUUUCUUCCUCAAUUGCAGUCUCCAGGCACUGUCUUCAUGGUCACAUCUGGCUCUUGUCCUUAGCAAGGAGUGCACGGAGCCCCUCCAGUUCAUUUCGGAUGUCCCUCGCCAUCUGCCCACUCCUUCCUGUUGUCCUACACAUGGCUCAGCUCUUGCCACUGCUCCAAGUAUUUGCCCUCAAGGAGACCCCUCCUUUGUUCACCCUUCAUUCCCUCUGGCUUCGCUGGCCUCCGGCCCACUCUAGGCUCUGUGGGCCACUUGGUACUUUCACUCUGUCCUGCCCUUCCCCCAUUGUUUCCUGUGAAUGGGGCCUGCCAAGAGCUGGGUCUGAGAACACUGGCUGCUCUGGUACAAGCCUGGCCAAGGGAGAGCCUUACCCUGCUGAGAAAAGGACAGGGCAGAGAUGGCCUCUUCCUGCCACAACCGGACUGGCAUGCUCUCUGGGGCUCCUCUUCUCACGCAGAGAAGAUUCCACUCUCCUCCAGCCUUCAUGUGCAUACCUCACAAGAAGCCACUGGACAUAUCCUCCUCCUCCCACACCUCAGGUCUACCUGCACGAGAACCUAUCUUGUCCUUUCCCGCCUGUGCAGAACAGUAUGCCUCCCUUGCUCAAUCAGCUCACGGUUUCUGGAGAUCUUGAUGGGCAGCUAAGGGCACUUCCAUGCCCACCAUUGCCCUGUGGAGAAGUGGACAGGAGGCAGCCCAGCAUGGGGUCAGAAGCUGGGAGCCGCUAGCAUCCCCAGAGCUGUGACCUGUCAUAGCCUUCCUCCAUGACAGAAGGUGGGAACCUCACCUUUAGCUGUGGGGAGAAUGAGAAGAGGAAUGUCUCGCCGGUGCCGUAGAAGCCUUUGCUGAGUCGGAUAGCUGAGGAGGAGAAGGCGCCAAACAUCUGGAAAACAGAGACCAGUGCAAGAAAGGAGCUGGGAGUCUACCAGCCACCUUCACCAGACUUGCAGGUGUGCACUCAGCCUCCAGGGCUCCGGGGGAGCUGGGUGUAAAGCUGGGGAUAGGGAGUCUCCAAGGCCACCAGCCUGCCCUCUUUCCCACACUCCACAGGAAGAGCCCUUGCUGGCUGCCUCCCCUGAAGUGUCCUGACUCUCUGCUCUCGCUUGCUUUCUCUCUCCCUCCCUCCCUCUCUUUCCUCUCCUCUUUCCCUCUUCAGGGUCCUUCUGUGCAACCAAGGCUGACCCAGAGCUUAAUUCCAUGAGAGCCUUUACAGGCAUGUGCCAUGGCCAGCCUACCUUUUCUUAAAUAUACUUUGUGUGUCUGUAUUGUAUGAAUGUGAAUAUGUUCAUGUGUGUGCGUGGGUGUACACACACACACACAUACACGUUCCCGUGCAUAUAGAAGCUAGAGGCCACUAUGAACGGACUAUCUUCCUCUAUUGCCUUCCAUGUUAUUUUUUGAGACAGGCUCUAAAUCUGGAACUGACCAAUGAGACUGGCUGACCAGCAGGUUCCAGGGUCCUCCUGUGUCUGCCUCCCAGUGCUGGGGUUACAGGCACAUCCUACCACCCCUGCUUUUUACAUGGCUGCUGGGAAUUGAACUCAGGUCCUCAUGCUUGCAUGGCAAAUACUUUACUGACGGAACCAUCGUCUCAGCCCCAAAUAUACUUAUUUCAUACGAGUAAUGCCUCUAGAAGAGCUGGCAAUCAUACACAAGCAGAAAGAAAAUGAAACAAGCCACAGUCAAAUCUCCUUCUUCCUCCCCGAGAUGACUUCUGUCACUUCCUCUUGGCACCUGUCCAAUGCCAGUGCGCAGACUUUCCGACGUACUGACACCCCACACAUAAACCGUUCCUUCUUGCUUUUCUGCACCAACUUCAAGUGUACAGAAGAGCACAGGGCCGGGGGUGUAUGUCCGUUGGUAGAGUGCUGGCCUGGCAUGUGCAAGGUCCUAGACUCAACCCCAGCACCACCAAAAGUUUACUUUUUAAAGUUCAAAACAAGUACAGCUUCCUUGCAGCUUCGACCCAACAGGGAGCUUGCUCUCGUUCCCAGCUAGCUUUUUCUCUUUACAUUUCUCAGACCCACUUGACCGCUAUGAUCUGCUGGGGAUGUCUUUCUGUAUGCUGUGAAAUGUGUUGCUCUGACCGAUUGAUAAAUAAAAUGCUGAUUGGCCAGUGGCCAGACAGGAAGUAUAGUGUAGGUGGGAUAAGCAGAGAGGAGAAUUCUGGGAACUGGAAGGCUGAGUCAGGAGACACUGCCAGCCACUGCUGCCGCCAUGAGAAGCAAGAUAUGAAGGCAGAACUGGGAAAAGGUACCAAGCCAUGUGGCUAAACAUAAAUAAGAAUUAUGGGUUAAUUUAAAUGUAAGAUAAGAUCUAGCUAGCAAGAAGCCUGAGCCAUUAGGCCAAACAGUUUUAAUUAAUAUAAGAGUCUGUGUGUUUAUUUGGGUCUGAGCGGCUGUGGAAAAUUCCAGCUACAACGAUCCUUCAUUCCUAACACAACAACUUCCAAGAAUGGGGCUUACCCUUCUAUGACCCCCAUGCUGUUAUCACACCUAAGAGAACUAACAAUAAUCCUGGUUGUAGUGGGAGCUGUUUGAGCCAUGCCCUGAAGAACCACCCCUCUUGAGGUAGCAGGUAACUGUUACAUCUGUCUAUGAUCUUGAGGUACAUGCCCCUGAGGCGUGGCCAUGGCGCACGUGGGGGGGGGGGUUAAGACUUGGGAUGCGUGUACACAGCUCUCUCUUCGCUACCUUGUGGUUUUGGAUGCUAAGAACAGUGUUGGACCAUGCCUCACCCUUCCAGGAUCCUGCGACAAAUUCCUUUAUUCUGUCUUGUGAGUUAACCCCCAAAUAAAUUCCUUUGAGCCUGGGCUACCAAGUGAGUUCCAGGAGAGGUGCAAAGCUACACAGAGAAACCC